AUGCCUGAGUUUUCGAUCGCGGGCAAUCGCAUCGAAAUAAAGGAGAGUAUCAAGUACUUAGGUGUAGAACUACACAGGGUGCUGGGCUUUAAAGCGCACAUAAAGACGGCGGCGGCGAAGGCAAAUAGUACUGCAUCGGCACUAGCAAGAUUGAUGCCCAAUAUCGGGGGUUCGGGACAGAGGAGGAGGAAGCUCCUGUCCACAGUCGUGGCGAGGAAACUGCUAUACGCGUCGCCGAUAUGGUCUAAAGCCCUUGUCUUCAACCAUAACAUCGAAAACUUAGAGAGGCCCCAGAGGACGAGAAGGAUAGCAAGAGCCUACCGCACGAUAUCCACGGCGGCAGUGAUGAUAAUCGCGGGCCUAAUACCAGCUCACCUUUUGGCAUGGGAGUGA